CAGAGUCGGACGACUGUAUUAAGUACUUAAAUCUUGAGACUGACUGUUAACCACUUAUUAACUACAAUUCAGAUGGCAUCUCAAUCAACUCAAACAAGCAAAAAGGUAACCAUACUUAGCAUUGAUGGCGGAGGAAUUCGUGGCAUCAUUCCAGCAGUCAUUCUCCAUGAACUCGAAAAACACCUUCAGAAACUGGAUGGCCCAAAUGCAAGAAUUGCAGAUUAUUUUGAUAUAAUUGCAGGAACAAGCACAGGGUCCAUAUUGACAGCAAUGGUAACUGCACCGGAGAAGAAAAGACUUAACAGUAAUGAGCCAAACGAGCGGCCUCGUCCCAGGUUUGAUGCUUCGAGUUACGUACCUUUCUACGAGGACAAAGGGAAGGUCAUAUUUGGUAGCCCUAUAUUUCAUGUGCAUGAUUACCCUAAAAAGGUGAAGGAGGCAGUGUGGUAUGUCUUGUCCCGUUUUACUUCACCAAUUAACUGGUUUGAGGCUGGAAUGGCUAUACUCACUAGACAUGGACCUUCAGCACUUAGAAGUGCUAUCAAGAAGGAGCUAGGAGACGUGAAAUUGCGAGAAACUGUCACAAAAGUUGUAAUUCCUACUUUCAGAAUCAAGAAGACUAAGCCUGUUAUUUUUACUUCCGAUAUGACAAUAGACUUAAAGAACAAGCCAUACGAAGACUUUGAUCUCGCAGAUGUAGUUCUUGCCUCCUCUGCAGCUCCAACAUUUUUUCCUCCACAUAACAUUCAUUUUAAGGGCAAGGAUGAAGGCUUCUUCGAUGGUGGUGUCUCUGCAAAUAAUCCUACAUUGGCUGCACUAUGCGAAGCGACAAGAACUUAUGGAAAUGAAAGAAACUACGGGAAUUAUUUAGUUCUGUCUCUUGGGACGGGUCGUGCAGGCACAAUACGGCCGCAAGCUGGACAAGGCCUUGCAGAAUGGUUUUUCAAAGAAAUCGUAGGGAAAUUCAAAUUCCAAUUUAUAUUGAACACGGUCGAUGAUGCAGUGGAAUUCUACCUGUCACGCAUCUUCCACUCCAAUGGACCAAACACAAAUUACCUGCGAAUUCAGGAAUAUGAUGAAGUGAAAGGUGAAGCUGAGCAGAUGGAUAACGCGUCCUGGUCGAACACUUUAACGCUGAAGAACAUUGGAAUGAGGCUUUUAGAUAAAAAUGUUAUGAUUGUGAAUCCAGACACAGGGGAAAUUGAUAAACUAGAAUAUAAAUACAAAGAUGCUUUGGCUAAGUUCGCCAAAGAGUUGGUGGUGGAAAAGAAGAAGCAACGGCCUGGCAAUUAAGGAUCGGUAGCUACAGCUGCUCGGGAUGGUCUCAUGAAAGGAGACAGAACAGAACAUUCUUAAUUUGAUUAAAUACAUGUAAUAAUUAUUCAUAUUUACUUUCUGUGUGCAAGUGAUUAAUAUUUAUAUUUACCAAAAUAAAGGAAAAUUACUGUGUAUACUAUUAUUAAUACACAUUUGAUUAUUUUUUUGGUAA